CUCAAUCUUAAAACGCGACCCAUUAUUUUACAUCAAGCAGUAUACCAACUCAAACCAAGAGUUAGAUAGAUACACUCCGCACCAAAGAAUUACACCCGGCACCGAUUUCAAUCCGGAGCUACCCGAUUCCGGGAUACUUUUCCAAUCCCCACACACAUUUCGAACCCACCAACCAACCAUGUGUACCCCUCUCUCACUCUCUCCUUUUUCCAGAAUAUAAACACGCGUUCGGUUAGAUCUGCUCAGAGUGUAAGUUUGCUUAGGGGAAGUUGGUCGCCUCUGGAGCCAAGAUUUUUAUUCACAUUUGACAAAGCGGCAGCAACUCAAGUUUAUACACCUCGUAUCGUACGUAUCGUACACAAACCAAAUCUACAAAAACAUCAUCUCUCUCUUCUACCAGAGUCAGAUAGGUCUCAUCACACUCCAAGAGAGCAUCAUCUCUCUCACGAGAAGAAGAACCAUGAAAUUGGUAUAGUUUACAGAGUCAAAUCCAGUUUUAGAGGCAAAUUAUAUUACACACGGCCUUGUGCAAUAUUUACACAUUGACUCACAUCACGAUACACAGAAGCAGCAAGGGAGAAAUAUAUGUGUGAUUGAAAGAUCACGAAUUGGACAAAAGUGCAGUGUUGCAGCUGCAUCGGGAAAAGUGCAUCGGUCUUAAACUUGGAAAGUUUUUGGGCCCGCUUAGAAAAAGAGGAAUCAAAAGUUAGUUUAAUAAUUUAGUGUGAAAAUAUUGAAAAUUUUGAUUUUUGUCAAGGGAAGACGACAAGAGUGAAAAUUGUGAAAAGUUUGUAUUCAAUAAUUAAUAAUUUGAGUGUAUGUAAGUACUUAUUGGAUUUUAAUUCUAAACGGAAAUAUAAAAGGUCGUAAAUCCGACGCCAUCGUCGCCACCGCCACCUCCAUCUCACAAUCUGGAGGAAGAAAGAAAGCAGAAGUGAAAAGAGGAGCAAGAGUAUCAUAAAGGAAACCGUUUUAGUGACAUUUUAUUAUUGAGAUGGGAAUUCUAGCCGGGUCCUUUCCCCCCAUUUCUGCUUGACAAGGCGAAAGGAGUAAUAUUCAAAGUCGACCCAUCCACCUGAACCUGAACCUCCAGAAAUGAACACGGGGCGUUUUACAUCCUUAAAUAAUUACACGGCUUCCCGUUAAAUCUCCAAAGUGCCAUCGGAACAAGUCUCCAAGUGCAAAAAGCGAGAGAGAUUUAUUUAGUCAUCUUCAUAUCAAAAACAGUUAGAAAUACAUGAAAAUAAUAAUUCGUAUCUGCAAAAUUCUCCACCUUUACCCUGGCUUUUUAAUGAAUUAAAUCUUAUCCACUUGUAGACAUAACCCAAGAUAAGCCCCGUUUUCACGUGACCUUUCACUUUUUCACGCCUCACUCGAUAUACAGGACGUCAACCCAGUUUUUCGCGAUAAAGUCAUCAUCACCAGAAUAUUCAUUAAUAACUGGAAACAAAAAAAACAUAAAAAUUAAUUGGUGACAUUUACACGAAAAGUAAAACGUAAAAGAGCAAGACAUUCUUACAUGAAUUAAACCUUCGUGUGCCCAUUUUUAACCAGUGUUUUGUUCUCUUGAUCUCAACUCAAGUUAUCAAGAAGGAUCUCGUAAAGUGAAAAUUAUUCCAAGGCCAGGCAGCAAAAUAUUUCCGAGCGUAAUAAUAAUAAUAUUCCAGAAGCAAGCAAGCCCAGCAAAUAUUUAAUACAAAACAAAACUACAUACCAUUUUCCAGUGGGAGUGAUUAUGCCCAUGUGCAAAUCUAAUGCUAAUGUUUAUUGCUAUUACCGUAAAUGAAUCCCAGCAAGUAAAUUCCCACCAAGAAAUCCAGCUAAUUGGAUUAGUGGCGAAAUAAAUCUUUUCGCAUACUAAUCUGACGUAGUUUUUACUUACCUAAAAGUCGCUUCACGCUGUAUCUUAUCCAUAUUUACAUAUGUACAUUGUGGCAUUUAAGAAAUUUAUCCAUAUCAAGAUGUGCUUUAUGUUUCGUAAUUUUGUAGCUGAAAAAGAAUGCGAAUCACAGAAUUCAGUAACAACAACAACAACUACAAAGGAAAAGCCUAAAUUGCGAGUAAAUUUUUGAUGUAAAUUUUUUUUCUAAGGCUCGGAUUACAAAGUCAACAAAGGAAAAGGAAAUAAAAGUCAAAUUUAAUUGUUUAAACGACUUUUUACGCUUGAGAGGAGAUCACCUGCGGAAAAAAUAAUCGUAUCAACUCCGGAACUUCAUAGUGUUUUCGUGUAUAUUCGUCAGUGACACUCAAGACUCCUUAAAACACACACUUUACGAAACUUUACCUGGUUUGGUCGUAGUGUUUGUGUAAUUAGCAAAACUUGUGUAACUAAACUAACAAGGAGUAAGUGGGGUAAACAAAUAUACGGCUAAAUUCGUUACUUUCUGUCGUGUCUCCAACUCCACGUGAGUUUUACUUUCACUCCUGUUUGACUCCUCUUAAACGAGAGACUGCUCUAAUUAACUAAUUAGAUUAUUGUGUUACCUUACUUACUUACUUUGUGUGCUGGUGACAUUUGGACGUUUUGGAUCUUAAAAAAGAACAUAGAACAGCGUCACGCCGGAGGAUUAGCACAACGGUGAAAUGAAGUCCCGGGCUAAUCAGCCGGGUCAAAAUUCCAUAUCCCCAUCCAAAGCACGGGGGCCAUUAUUUGGCCGGUGCCCUGAACAGGGCAUGAGACCCCGGGUCUGGGCAGGGACCUGGCUUUUGGCCAUUGUCAUUUUUGGGGUGUCCACCUCCUUCGCGACGGGUUCAAAUUUCUCCGCUCUCUACCCGUAUAUUCAAUAUUUGACUCAUCCACCUCAAAUCGUGGAGAAACCGAAGGACCAGAGGGUGAAAGUUGGUGCCAUCGCGACAUUCUACUGCAGAGUUACGGGCGAUCCGGCUCCGCAAGUUCACUGGAGGAAAAAUGGAAAAAAGCUGACGAGCGUGCAUUCUAGGAUCAACAUUCAGAAUUUCGCGGGUGUCUCGAUGCUCAGAAUAGAACCUGUCCGCCAUCUACGGGACGAUGCUUCGUACGAGUGCAUGGCGGAAAACGGGGUGGGUGAUCCAGUCACGGCCUCAGCCAACUUGACCGUUUUUGCUGAAGGAGAAGCACCCGAUGGAUUCCCACGAAUAACGGAAGCUCCGAAUACCCGCGUCGUCGAAAAAGGGAGGACUGCAACCCUGAUAUGCAACGCUUCUGGCAUGCAACCCAUUAAUAUUGUCUGGCUCAAGGACCUGUUGCCCAUCCAACCGAGCGAUCGAUUCCAAAUGAUUGGGCCUGGCGGAGCCACGCUCCAAAUCAUGGACGCGGGCGAGGCGGACGACGGGAAUUACGAGUGCAUCGUGGAAAACCCGGUGGGAAUUGAGACCAGCAACAGUGCGAGGUUAUACGUCAAAGAGAGACGAGUUUCGCCAGAGUUUUCUGUCCCACCCGAAACUUUGUAUGAAGUUAUGCUCAACGCGGACUUGAAUUUGACCUGUGUCGCUGUCGGAUCUCCAAUGCCGACUGUGAGGUGGAGGAAAGGUGUUGAAGAUUUAACCCCCGAUGACGCCAUCCCGAUCGGAAAGAACGUCUUGCAGCUGAAGAACAUCAAAGAAACGGCGGUUUACACUUGCACAGCGACGUCAAAGUUGGGCAUGAAGGAGGCAAAUACGACGGUGAAAGUGCAAUCGCUACCUAAGCCACCAUCCAAAGUGCGAAUUUCCGACGUUACUGCAUCCUCGGUGAGAUUGACGUGGUCCUACGAAUCGAACGAGCAGGAAGACGUGACCUAUUACGUGAUCCAGUACAAGCCAAAAUUCUCGAACCAGGACUAUGCAGAAAUCAGCGGCGUUCUCAACCAAGACCACAUGAUCACUUCGCUCAAUCCGUACACAGAGUAUGAAUUUAAUGUGGUCGCGUUCAACAAGGUGGGCCGUGGAGAAGCGUCACCUCCAAUUGACGCCACAACCGGAGAGACAAUGGAUGCAACGUAUGGCAGCACAAGACCGAAAUCCGCCCCACGAGAUGUAAAUGCCCGGCCGUUAAGUUCCAGUCAAAUGUUGGUGAAUUGGCAAGAACCGAUUGAGCCGAAUGGUCAGAUUACGGGUUACAAAGUCUUUUACACGACGAAUCCAACUCUGCCGUUGGCGCAAUGGGAUGCAAAACGGGUGGAAAGCAAUGAAAUGACCACGAUCCAUGACCUCAUUCCGAGAACGAUUUACACCAUUAGGGUUCAAGCCUACACUGCCAUCGGACCAGGACCUGUGUCUGCUCCCAUCCAAGCAAAGACGGAACAAGGUGUGCCCGGUCAGCCCAGAAAUUUCCGAGUUUCCCAAGUCACACCCACUUCUGCGACGAUGGAGUGGAGCAAACCAAACCAUAUCGGGGAUAACAUUGUGGGCUACGAAUUAUACUGGAAUGACACGUUUUCGAAGGAAACGAGCCACCGGAGCAUAUCUGUCGGAGAGCAGCACAUUUUAACGAAUCUGUACCCAAACACGAUGUACUUUAUGUGGCUGGCAGCCAAGUCUAGAAAAGGGGAAGGAGCGACGACCCCACCGAUCCCGGUCAGGACGGAGCAAUACACUCCAGGCGCGCCUCCGCAAAAAUUUUUGGUGGAGGCUGAAGACUCCACAUCCCUCCGCAUCACGUGGGCCCCUCCCCCGGAGGACAAGCAGCACGGGGACAUAAUGUAUUAUAAGAUUUACUUUGUGGAGAACCACGAGCCGGACGCGUUGACCAAGGAGAUCACCAUUUCCAACGCAAACACGCGCGAAUACGUGAUCAACGAGUUGCGGAAGUGGACCGAGUAUAAAGUUUCCAUGUUAGCCGGCACCUCGGUCGGUGACGGACCGCUGACCGAAUUUAAGCUCAUUCGAACCGACGAAGAUGUCCACAUCCCUGGAGAACCGCAAAACGUGAGCUCGGAACCUUUAAAUUCCACAACCAUCUCAAUCAAGUGGGACUCCCCGAAUCAGAAUGAGAAGCACGGGGUCAUCCGAGGGUAUCAAAUCCAUGUCCAGGAAAUUGGAGAGGACGGCGACAGUUUACUCAAUCAACCCCUACGCUUCGACGUGUUGGAUGGGAACGCGAGAUUUUACAACGUGUCCGACUUACAACCAGAUACGCAGUAUGGCGUCCAAGUGGCCGCACUAACGCGAAAAGGGGACGGCUUGAGGUCAAAGAAAGUCAACGUUAAGACUCCCGGUGGCGUUCCGAGUAGACCGGAUUUAACACUCAAGGUUCACAAUACGGAAACCGCUGUCUCCGUGGAGCUCGAGUGGACCAGACCGAUCCAGACGUUCGGAGAGAUUCACGGCUUCCGGGUAAAAUAUGGGGUGCGGAACAGUCCACUGGAAGAAGUGCUACUCGAAGGUCCGAAAAUUCAUCACCAUAAACUCCAGAAACUGGAACGCGGGGUCGAGUACGAGUUUCGAGUCGCGGCCAGUAAUCAUAUCGGAUAUGGUCAAGAAGCUCAGAAAUAUUAUACGACCCCGGAAGGAGCCCCGACCGGACCGCCGACCAAUAUUUCGUACCGAUUUCAAACCGCCGAUGUAGUCGCGGUCACGUGGGAGCCGCCAAUUCCGGAGGAGAGGAACGGACAAAUUUUGAAGUAUCAUGUCAUCUUUCAUAGAAAAAUGGGACUCUCGACAGAGCGAAAUGUUUCCGUUACGAAGGCCGUUUUCGUCGCCCUUGAAGAAAACCAGGAGUACUGGGUGCAAGUUAGUAGUGCCACGAGUCAGGGGAAAGGACCUUUCAGUGAAAAGUACAGUAUCAAGACGGAAAAAGAGAUGAUCCGAGCACCAACAAAUGUUCAAGCCAUGUCGACCUCGGAUUCUACGGCGGAAGUUUGGUGGGAAGGAGUCCCAGCCCGAGGAAGAUUGAUCGGAUACACCGUUUUUUACACGACAACUGCAGUCGAAGAUUUAGACACGUGGCAAACCGUCUCCGUACCAGCGACUACUUCCGCGGAUUUGAUAAACCUUGAGAAAAAUUCGCAAUAUGCGGUCGCUGUCGUUGCAAAAACUAAAACGGGAUUGGGCAGACUCUCUUCAAUUGUGGAUAAUGUUCGGAUAAAACCGGAAGACGUACCCUUGCAUCUGACCGCGGAUGAUUUAAGCACGCACAGCAUGACGCUUCGAUGGGCACGACCGGUUCGCCUGAAUCCGAUCGAGUACAAAAUUACGUAUGACGCGUUCAAAGAAUUCGUGGAUUCUGACGGGAUGACCCAAACGCAACAGUUUAAAGCGAGAGAAAUGACAGUCUCGCAGGACAGGGAGUUUAUAACGGUUGGAGAGCUAUCACCCUUCACGACGUACAAUGUCAAUGUAACUGCUGUCCCCCCAGAUCACGGAUACCGUCCCCCGGCAAAAAUCACUGUAACCACCCACAUGGCAGCUCCACAACCAAUGGUCAAACCCGACGCGUGUAAUCAAGGCGGAAAAAUUUUCCUAUUUUUACCCCAAGCAUCGGAAGAAUACGGCCCCAUUUCGCAUUACUACCUCGUCGUCGUUCCCGACACUAAAAAAUUAGCGAACAAAAUUCCUGACCAGUUUUUGACGGAUAAUAUGGCCAUGAUGUCCGGACAACCCGCCAAAGUGACCAUUGUCGGAUCCUACAUUACCGAGGAGGACACCGAAGAUGACGAACAACCCGUUUUAAAUCCCUACAUUGCCGCCCGCUUUUUACCACGUGCCAUCCCUCGCAACUUUCAACUGGGCGAUGGCGCCGGGUAUAACAACUACGAGAACAAGCUGCUAGAACGGAACGUCAAAUACAGGAUUUUCUUGAGAGCGAUUGUCGACACGCCGCAAAAGCAUUUAUACACAUCAAGUCCCUUCUCGGAUCCGAUCACUCUGUCGAUGACAGAAUCCCACUCAUGCGAACCACCCAGUCGACCAGCUAAUCCGGCCGGAAUCGACAAUCUCACCACGUUACGACGCAACGUGGGGGAUCACGGCGUGUUAUGGGUUGUCGCUCCAGUGAUUGGCGUCAUCUUUGCGGCUUGUUUCAUGCUCAUUUGCUUCCUGUUCAAGCGGAGGCGUGUAACUCACAAGCACGUCGACCAAUCUGGCGUUCUUAAACCCCUAAUGGCUUCCAACGAUGGGCCCGACGGCCCCAUGCCGACGGGCUACAUCACUUCCAACCUGGGCAUUCACACGAUGGGUUUGGACGGCAACGGAGGUCCCGAAUGUCCCAGUGAUCCGGUCGAAAUGAGGCGAAUGAAUUUCAAAAGUCCGGCAAUGUCUUGCAACCCCCCCGUUCUCAUUAACGACCUCUCCGCCCACAUUGAACGGCUCAAGGCGAAUGAUAACCACUUGUUUUCGCAAGAGUAUGAGAGUGUCGAUCCAGGUCAACAAUUUACCUGGGAAAGUUCAAAUCUGGAAGUGAACAAGCCGAAAAAUCGGUACGCCAAUGUAGUGGCGUAUGAUCAUUCUCGUGUCGUGUUACAACCGACGGAAGGCGUGCCAGGAUCGGAUUACAUUAACGCUAAUUACUGUGAUGGUUAUCGGAGACAUAAUGCAUAUAUCGCGACUCAGGGACCACUUCCAGAAACUUUUGUUGACUUUUGGAAAAUGUGCUGGGAGGUGAAUACGGCAUCGAUUGUGAUGAUGACAAGAUUGGAGGAACGGGCGAGGGUGAAAUGUGACCAGUACUGGCCGUCAAGAGGAUCUGAAACGUACGGGGAGGUCACUGUAACGUUACGUGAAGUUCAAGAGUUGGCAACGUACUGUAUACGAAGCUUUAUCGUUCGUAAAACGGCGCCCGGUAUGCAGCAAACUCGUGAGAUAAAACAGCUCCAAUUUACUGCUUGGCCAGAUCAUGGCGUGCCCGACCAUCCCGCCCCAUUUUUAAUGUUCCUUCGUCGCGUCAAGUACUUAAAUCCGCCAGAUUGUGGCCCAAUGAUUGUACAUUGUAGUGCUGGCGUGGGUCGUACGGGUUGUUUCAUAGUCAUUGACUCCAUGUUGGAAAGAAUGAAGUACGAUAAUACUGUCGAUAUCUACGGGCACGUGACUUGCCUCCGAGCUCAGCGUAAUUACAUGGUUCAAACAGAGGAUCAAUACAUUUUCAUACAUGACGCCAUCGUAGAAGCGAUCAUUUGCGGGUGCACGGAAAUUCCGGCCGAUAAACUUCAAGCUCAUUUAGACAUGCUCACGACGCUACAUCCGGGAGAAUCAUAUACCGGACUAGAUAUCGAAUUUAAAAAACUUUCCAAUAUGAAGAUAGAUCCCAGUCGAUUUUUAAGUGCUAAUUUACCUAUCAAUAUAAGGAAGAAUCGCCUUGUAAAUAUCCUUCCAUUCGAAAACACCCGUGUUUGUCUGCAACCCAUUCGAGGCGUGGAGGGCUCGGACUACAUCAACGCGUCUUUUGUCGACGGGUAUAAAGACAGGAUGGACAGAAAUGCUUAUAUCGCUACGCAAGGACCCCUCCCCGAAACGGUAGACGACUUUUGGCGAAUGAUCUGGGAGCACAACAGUACAAUUAUUGUUAUGUUGACCAAGUUAAGAGAAAUGGGAAAGGAAAAAUGUUGUCAUUACUGGCCUAAUGACAGAUCUCAACGCUACGCGUGCUUUGUUGUGGAUCCUAUCGCAGAGUUUUGUAUGGGCGCCCCAGCACAAUAUACACUUAGAGAGUUUAAGAUAACUGACGCGAGGGACGGGCAGUCUAGGACGAUAAGGCAGUUCCAGUUUGCAGAAUGGCCUGAACAAGGUAUCCCCAAAUCGGCCGAAGGCUUUAUCGAUUUCAUCGGUCAAGUGCACAAAACGAAGGAGCAGUUUGGUCAAGAGGGUCCCAUCACGGUGCAUUGCAGCGCUGGCGUCGGCAGAACGGGAGUCUUCAUCACGUUGAGCAUCGUUCUCGCCAGAAUUCAGAGUGAAGAUAUUGUCGACCUCUUCCAGACUGUUAGAAUAUUAAGGACACAGCGGCCUGCCAUGGUCCAAUCGGAGGAUCAAUACGAAUUCUGUUACCGAGCUGCCCUCGAGUACUUGGCAUAUGACCAAUAUGCAUAAAAAUACUUCGCGUCAUUCUUCUAAAUCCUCGCCUUUUUUACAACUUAAAAAUAUCAACCUUCAAAGCAUCUCAUUAAUUAUUCAUAUAAUAUAAUUAUGAAUAUUUAAGAAUAAUUUAUUUAUUAUUGAUCGUUACAUUUGUCCGUUCUCGCAAAAAUAUUGUACAAUAGUGUAAAACAAUAGAGAUACAUACAUAAAUAUGUGUCCACGUGGCUGCUGCUCGAGUCAUUUACAUAAUUAACAUAAAUAGUUAAUUAACAAAUUAACCACAAUGUUAGUUACCGUUUAAAGGAAAACAUCUAUUUUGACAAGACUGAUACAUCUCAUUUAUCUAGUUUAUAAAUAUUAAAGUGUAAGUUACUCAAUCAUCGUAACCAUUUAAUUAAUUAAUUAGGUAUUAAUUAACUAAAUAAGAUUAUUUAAAUCGACAAGAUCUUGAAAACCCUUCCAGACAUUCUUCAGUGUUUUCAGAAAGAGACAAUAAUCCUAAAAUUUAAUUAAUAGCUAAAUUCAUAAAAAAGUCAACAAAAGUCAUUUAACAUUCAGCGUGUCAUAUUCAAAGCGUCUGUAAAAAGUCGCAAAUUGAAAAAUAUUUUUUUCCAUGUAAAAUGUCACCUCUUCACCAACACUAAUAAUUAACUAAUAAUAAU